UGAGCAGAGACUCGAAUCAGACACAAGCGAACGCGCCUUUCUGACAGCGGGAACUUUUCUAAGCAAAGGAUUAACCGGAUAGCCUUCGUUGGAUUUAAUCAUCAGCACAGAAUCCCACAUCAUCAGCGCGAUGACUCUAAACAAGGGUGACAAACUGCGGAACAUGGACAAGAGGAGAGGGAGCGUGCCCUUCCCCGUGAACCUGCCCAACCUGCACAGGAGGAGCAUGCCCGUGGACGACCGGGACCUGCGCGCCACGACGCCGCAGACCGGACAGACGGACGAGCUGUCCAACCUGCUGCGCUGCGCGUCCUACUCCCCGAGCGAGCAGCACCGGGGCAGCUGCGCGUCCGACUCCUCCGACUCGGUCAUCUCCACCGGCAGCGAGGCGGACUCCCAGAUUUACAAGGUGGUUCUGCUCGGGGAGCACGGGGUCGGAAAGUCCAGCCUGGCGCGCGUCUUUGGAGGCGUGGAGGACGGCGGUCACGACUGCGAUGAAACAGGAAACACUUACGACAGAUCUAUUGUUGUGGAUGAAGAGGAGGCCUCCAUUGUGUUGUACGACAUCUGGGAACAGGAUAACAGCCAGUGGCUGAAGGAGCAGUGCAUGAGGAUGGGAGAUGCUUACAUCAUCGUGUAUUCAGUCACCGACAAAUCCAGCUUCGAGAAGGCAUCGGAGCUUCGCAUUCAGCUUCGUCGAGCCAGGCAGUCAGAGAACAUUCCCAUCAUCCURGUGGGCAACAAAAGCGACCUGGUGCGGUCCAGAGAGGUGUCUGUCGAUGAGGGAAGCGCGUGCGCCGUGGUGUUCGACUGCAAGUUCAUCGAGACGUCCGCCUCCCUGCACCACAACGUGCAGGCCCUGUUCGAGGGCAUCGUCCGGCAGAUCCGCCUGAGGAAGGACAGCAAAGAGGAGAACGCGCGACGCAUGGCCAACUGCAGGCGCCGCGAGAGCAUCAGCAAGAAGGCCAAGCGCUUCCUGGGCCGCAUGGUCGCGCGCAAAAACAAGAAGAUGGCGUUCAGGCAGAAGUCAAAGUCCUGUCACGACCUCACUGUUCUCUGAGCAACACGUGGAACAGAAAGACUGCUCCUUUUUUUUAAAUUUGGCCUCUGAAGACCAGAUCCUGUGUGUGUUUUAACACUGAUUCUAAAGGACUAAUAGAAUUGUACAGAAUAGAUUUUUUUUAGGCACAAACCAAAAGCAAAGACCGGAUGUUACUAAGGUCAUAUCACCGUGAGAAUCUGCAAGGAUUUUCUUUGAUUUAUCUUCUGCCUUAAACAGUUUUGCCACCAGAUAAUUAUUUUCGUCUAAAAAGAUGUAUUCUCUUGUUUUUGAUGAGCUGCCUAUGUUGUGUUGUGCUCCUUUGAUUGAAGUGAUGUAAAUAUUAAUGCCGAAUGUGACGUACAUCUCAUUUAGGAUCACAGGUCACCUGGAGUCAUUUUUACUUGAAAUGCGGUGCGCAGGUUCGUGCCUUGGCCAAGUUACUGAAGACUACUCAACCCUUAUAGGCAAAACCUCUUUUAUUCUCUGUUUCAGAACAUUGAAUUCAGGUUGUGAAUGUAUGAGUAAAGCAAUAAGUUAUAUUAUAUUAGUCUUGUGAACUUUGGCAUUAUUUGAGAACUCUUUGUUUACAUGGAUUUUUCUUUUUUUUUUCCAAUAAAAUAAUAGAUUGAACUCAA